GCACCUUCCGUGCCACCAACAGCAAGUGAACUGCGCAAGCGUUCAGCAGCCACGCCAGGAUAGACGUGAACCGUCUCGAAACUGUGUUCGCCUCUUGACGCAUCGGACAUUUGCCAAUGUAAUACUGUUUUCACGCGCCAAAUUCCUUGAGGCGCCUGCCACUUCUGAUAUUCUUUCCUAAUCACGGCUGUACGCCACUUUUUUGCGCGUUCAGUCGCUGUCCAGCUCCCUAGCCCACUGAGGUCCCAAUGCCUAUCGCACCCCGUCGUCGGCAACGGUCAUUCAUUCAUUCAUUCAUGCAACUUUAACCGCGUCCUUCGAAACUCAAGUUAGUCCAAGUCGUGCGACAUUCGCGAUAGAUAUGCGACAAGGCGACCACCAACGAAGAGCGUGCGCAUCGACGAGCUUGCCCUGGCCGCAACUGACCAAACUUGCCCAUACCUCCCACCAAGACCCAUUCUCCACCACCUAGACCAAGCACACCUGGCGACAUGGCCAACGCCCAGGCAGCUCAAGACGAGCUCCAACAAAGUGUUAUCCUCUCGGAAGAGGACGCCGAGUACGAGGAAGACGAUGCGCCUGACGCCAUGGAUGUCGACGCUCCCUCAGCCGGCGAACCUGUCACGAAGAUCAAAGUAGAGCUCUCGGACCACGCCCCCAAGGCGCAAAUCCUCCCACAACAAGAAUAUGAAGAGGAUGACGCAGAGGGCGAGAGCAUAGAUGAGACUCAACAAGUCCACGCAGAUCAGGUGCCAGAUAUUGAGCCUGGAGAUGCAGAUGAAGACCCAGAUGCAGAAGGGGAACCAAGUGAGAACAAUGACCAACGUCACGCUGAUGAUGGCAGCGAAAGCCAGAACGGAAGCGACCAUGACGAAGAUGCUGGGUUUGAUGAAGAUGCCGAAGGUGAAGAUGACGAUAUGAUGCAACCGGAUCCAAAUGCCGUCCUCAGCGGCGAUGACGAGGACGAGGAUGAGGAGGACGAAGCCGAAGGUGUUGGUGCUGUCAAAAUCAAGCCUGGUGAAACCGAUGAGGACGAGAGUGAGGUUGAGGAGGAUGCGAGCUUUGCCUCUGGCGGCAGUGAUCAAGAAUCUGUCGACGAAUGGGAAGCUGAAGCUGAAAUUGAGGAGGAUGACGAAGAGGAAGAGUCAGAAGUUGAAGCGACUAACCUUUGUAUGUUCUGUAAGAAAGACGAAGAGAACGAUCCCGGCGAAGACUUCGAGUCGUUCCUUGCGUGCAAAGGUUGUGGUGAACAUGCUCAUCAGCAAUGUGCUCACGAUGCGGAUGCAUACGACGAUAAGUCCAGAAGCGCCGGCUGGAAAUGUCCUGAAUGCAACGGCGGAUCUUCUGAAUCAGAGUCUGAAGCUGGUUCGUUACCUGACAACGCAGAGCCGAAUAGGGAGGCCCAACCAGACGAGGUGUCACCAGCAGCUUCUCGACGCUCGACAGCGUCCAAGAUUGCCCGCGAGCUACUUCCCACAAGACUGAACGGACCCGACUCUCAUUCAGUAUUCAGCCAACUUGUCAUCGAUGAGGAUCCUAUGGAUGGUUCUAGGGUAUUGCGAAAACGCAAAACUUCGUCCGCUGAUGUGGAGGCCGACGCUCACGACAAUCCUGAAGAAACUAUGUCUCUUCGAAAACGCCAAAAGAACACGUCGGACGAGUCUAAUGACGAUGCGAACGAAGAUUCUGCCAACAGCACCGAUGAAGAUACCAGACCCCGGUCAUCACGUUCGCUCAGACUCAAGAUUUCGAAUUCAACUGGUCGAUGCACCGUAUUGAAGCAGUCCCGAAAUGUGCUUUUGCUGAGGAUGCGAGUCGCUCCUGCGGAACUUCAGCAAAUUCUCUCAAAGGAACCACAACCGCGCAAACGUUCUGGCCGCUCUGGUCGAUCCGCCCGCUCAAUUGCGAGAACAAACGCUGCAGCCACAGAGCCGCCAAUGCCAUCACUGAUGCCCUCCAGCUACACUCAGCCAUUUUAUUCAUUUUAUGAUAAGGAAACGGAUGAGUUGAAGGGAAAGCCUUACGGAGGUAUUCUUACCGAACCCGAAGCCGACACGUCCAAAACUCUGCCCACGAAAGACGAUAGGAGGCGAUUUGACGAGGCAAAGCAAAAGGCCGACGAAGAGUGGCGCGCGCGCAUCCUGGCAAUGCAAGCCGAAAUGGAGGCUGUCCCGAUCAAGAAGUCCAGGAAACCCUCCAGUGGACCCGCAAGUCAAAUCGAGUGUAUCGAGUUCGGCGGCUGGGAAAUCGACACUUGGUACGCUGCACCAUAUCCAGAGGAAUACAGCCGUAAUCGUGUGCUGUAUAUAUGUGAGUUCUGUUUGAAGUACAUGAACUCCGACUACGUAGCAUGGAGGCAUAAGCUCAAAUGCCCUGCCAAGCACCCACCAGGCGAUGAGAUCUACCGACAAGGGUCUGUCUCCUUUUUCGAGGUCGACGGCAGGAAGAACCCGGUUUAUUGUCAAAAUCUAUGUCUGCUCGCCAAACUCUUUCUCGGGUCCAAGACACUCUACUAUGAUGUCGAGCCAUUUCUUUUCUACGUCUUGUGCGAGUACGACGACAUGGGUUAUCACUUCGUCGGCUACUUUUCAAAAGAGAAGCGUGCCAGCAGCCAAAACAACGUCAGCUGUAUCCUCACCCUCCCAAUCCACCAGCGAAAAGGAUACGGCAACCUCUUGAUUGAUUUCUCCUACCUUCUUACUCGGGCGGAAGAGAAGACGGGUUCGCCGGAGAAGCCAUUGUCAGACAUGGGUCUGGUGUCUUACCGCAAUUACUGGAGGUUGAUAAUGUGCAAGUACCUUUUGGAGCACAUGCCUGAGGAGAGACAUACUGGGAAGGGCUUGAGUAUAAGGCAAAUCUCCGACGAUACGGGCAUGAUGCCGGACGAUGUCAUAUCUGCCCUUGAAGGAUUGCGCUGUCUGGUCCGGGAUCCGCAGACAAAACUUUACGCCUUCCGAGUAGAUCUUCCAUUUUGCCGCGAAUACGUAGCCAAGUGGGAAGCGAAGAAUUAUGUAAAGCUCAACGACAAGGCCUUGACCUGGACACCCUAUGUCAUGGGUCGCAGUAACGCUACGAACUUUGAGUUGGGACCGGCGAUUACUGCGAUUGCCCCCCGAGAGGAAGACGAGGAGGAAAACAAGGCGGUCCAAAUACUUGCCAAAAGCGGGAUCGCCGCUGGGGAUUUUGCGGUUCCAGAGGAAAGCAUUCUCAAGCCUAUAGCACCGGUCGAAUCAACAGUGCUCGAAUCAACGGAACCCAAUGACAUUGUCAUUGAUGAGCCAAUGGAAGAUAUCAAGCCAGACGACGUGGACAAGGAGAACAAUCACAUGCAGAUUGAGGUACGAUCACACCAGUCUGCUGCAGUUUCUGCUGCAACUGAAGCAGAGGAUGACUGGCAUACGGCUUACAUCAAUAUCCCGCCCGUUCGGUUUGAAGUGUUCCCACCAGUCAACCCCAAACGCCCAAACCCAUCACGUAUAAACUCGACCAUUACAAGACCGGUGCUGCAGCGAGCUCCAGCAUCGGCUCCACGUCCAAGAGCUAAGAGGCGGCCUACCGGCACCAGGAAGUCGGCCUCGCGACCUAAAGCUAGCGGGACUCGACGGAAGACGGGCGGCACAGGGCGUGGACCCGGACGUUGGCCCAAGGGGACAAAAAAGAGUGACUAUGGGAAUGCUGAUAGUGGUCCGGGACUUCCGCCAUCCUGGCUUCAACGUAAACAAGCUGCUGCUGCCGCUGCCGCUGAGAGAGGCGACGCAGAAAUAGGAGACACAGUUCUGGUCAAGCAGGCGAGGGGCAAAGGCGCGAAAAGUCAGGAGGCCGAGACCUUGGCUACUCGAUUCGAGGUCAAAGACGAUGCCGAGUCGAGCGGUAGCGAUGCCGAGGACAGUGCAGACGACAAAGACGCAGACAUGGUGAUGGGAGAGAACGACGACGAGGAAGAGGAAGACGAGGAUGAGGAUGAGGAUGCGGAAGGGGAAGAUGAGUAGUACAGCUCCUCACCUCCCUGAAUGUUGCUUCGAUCCUAGGCUUUUGUUUUGUUUUGGGACGAUGGGAAUUGUACAGCGAGUUUUCCAUUAGCUAGAGAGCCGGCGUUCUCUUACAUGGUGCUUGAGCAUUAAAUAGCCAAGCUGAAGGGUUUGGCGUUAUCAGGUCUCGUAGGAUUAGAUCGAUACCUCUCUACGCGUGUUAAUAGGCAAUGAAUUGAGACGACGCAGUGUACGAUGGCGAAUUCGUUUGUCUACAUUGUUUUGAUUGAGGCAUGUUUUAGUCAUAGACGAUGGGGUGAAUAUAUAGUUGCCUCCAACAAGAUAUGAAAGACAGUGGGGACCUGAGACGGCCACUAUACAGUAGUAUGCAUUCUCGCAUUCUCGCAUUCUCUCUUACGAAACAGGCAGUCUGCCGUGUGCCUAACAAAUACG